UCCCCAUGGUUAUCAAUUCUCAUCCAUCAUUUUUCUUUUCUAAAUACCAAGAUUACAGAUACUCAAAAUGGCGGUUAGUUCUGUUUCUAUCGUUUUUAUAUGUAACACACACAUUACCAAAGAAAAAUCAGUUUUGCAUCAAACUAUAUUAGAGAUGAGAGUACAUAUGGACUGUGAAGGCUGCGCGGUCAAGAUAAAGAAGGCUCUUGGAAAACUCAAGGGAGUGGACAGUGUAGAUGUGGAUAUGAGGAUGCAAAAGGUAACGGUCAUGGGGUGGGCAGUGUCAGACCAGAAGAAGAUGUUGAAAAGAGUGAGAAAAAGCGGAAAAAGAGCAGAGCUGUGGCCGUAUCCAUACAAACCUGACAACCAAUUUUACUACGAAUACUAUGAAAGACAACCCACGAUUACUUACCAUGCAACCGGCCAUUCAUCGUCCUACUACUACUACAAGCAUGGGAAUGAUGGCCAUGAUCAUGGUUACUAUCAGCCACCACCUUAUUCAACUCUUGUUGAUGAACAAGCCAGCUCUAUCUUCAGCGAUGAAAAUCCACACGCUUGCUCCAUAAUGUGAUAUAUAUAUAUAUGAAUGACUGUGUAAAUAAAAGCUACAAGUAUUUGUGAGCUGAAUUUCCCUUGUAAGACUAAGAACUGUUGUAAUUUUGUGCGUUGAAGAUGAAGAAUUUUUUAGUGCA